AUGUCUACAAACUUUACAUUGGCAGCCCAGUGUCAACUGAAGCGAGAUGAGAUUCAUGAACUUCUUAAUCUUUCCUCAGCCGCUAAAAGAGAACUAGAGGCAGAGAAGCAUCUUAACAAUGAUAAGAACAUCAAUACUACUAAUACUAAUACUACUACGGGGAUGAGAAGAAGUAUUCAUGAUAUGUUGCCGCAGUGGUGUAUGCUUCUCACAGCCGCACAGGUGUGUUCAUUAAUGCAGCAUACAUUAGUGCGUGUGUCUAUUCCGAAAAACAAACAAGCAUUGUUGAUUCAUGGGAAUAAAUAUAUGCGAUUGAGCAGUUCUCCAGAGAAGCAAAAAGAACAACAAGAAGAAGAACAACAAAAACAAAAACAAUCCUAUUACCGCAUUGGAAAAAUAGUGGCAGUUUUACCGCGUCCUCGUACAAAAUCAGAAAUAUCAACAACAACAUCAUCAGUGGAUCCCACAGUGGGUGAACAUCUCUCGGAUUGGUUACUUCAGAUUAACUUUGGUGAAGUGACGGAUCUCAUUGGGGCCAAAUACGUAUCGAAUGAGUCCUUUACCGCAGAGGAGCACACCGUGUUUCUACGAUCGUGUUUAACCACACAGACUCACACAACAACCUCAGCGAUAACGGCAAUGGAUGCAGAGAUGAUUGCACGAAAUGUGGAGUAUAUUCGCCGUUUUACAGCAGAAGUUGUGGGAGAAAGAAAUUCCACUCAUUCCACCGAACAAACAACAGGUGUCUCUUCCACUACUAAUCCGCAUGAUAACAAUAUCGCAGGAGGUGGUAGUCGUAAACGACCUCGUGAUGAAGUGAAUGCAGUUGGAGAAGGUCUCAACGACGAUGAGUCAACAGUCGAUGAUAAUGAUAAUGAUGAUAAUAAUAAUAAGAAUAAUAAUAAUAAUAAUAAUGACGCUGCAUACGGCGGGCAGUCUACAGUGGUGAGCAAUGAAGUAUUAAAAGAAAUGCAGCAACAACUACGAGGUCUGCGAGAACUACUAAACAGCAAGAAUGAUGAUAUGCAGCGGGUGUUGCUCGCCACCCGUCAAGCUGAAGUGGCCCACAACGCUGAAAAGGAACAAUAUCACGCAAAGGUGGUCUCGUUAGGAGAAGCCCUGCGCAGUGCUGAACGGGAACAGGCGGCUCUGCACGAGCAGCGACAACAAGAUAAAGAGAAAACGAACAUGUUGACAGUGCAACUCAAACGAAUUGUUGAACAUACACAAAAGUUCAAGCAAGUCUCUGAUACCGCCGCGGAGUGGCUACACAGUAACACAAAGGAGCCAGAGGAGGUACUCAGGCGCCUUAAUGAGAAGAUAGCAGAGAUGAAAUCAUAA